CUUCUUUUCAACUGGAGGAAGAGUAAAGAAAAAAAAAUGAAGAGUAUAUGAAUUAUGUAUCAAAACAUUGAUUUCUAACUUGACAAUGGUGGCUUCGAUAGAUAGAAGACAGGGAGGGGUGAAUGUGUAUAACCAUAUCAAUUAUUCAUAAAUGCUUGCUGGGUGUAUCUUAAAGUUGCUGGCAGGGAAUAUCUAUGAAAGAACAAUUCUAAUGGGACACGCUAUUGUUCUUCGUGGAGCAAUACCACCAGCAUAGACAAGGAACUUCUGGACAAGGUAAAAAUGAUGUUUGGCAGCUAGGCAUGCUGCACUGAAUACUACAGGAAAACAUAUAUGAUAAACAUAUAUACAUUUAACCCUCAUCUUAGCCGUGUUGCUCAUGUCUAGAUCUGCAUCUGGUGAUUGAAAGGUUUCUGAUGAUCGUUCAUAACAGGGAUGAAAUUUUCUUAAUACAGCUUGGGAAAAUGUUCUUUCCGCCAGCUAAUUAAGAUGGUCCCCUCUAGGAACACGACUCAUAGCUGUGCCACCGAACAGACCACAGAGGCCAAUAUAGCUCCACAGGAGUCGGAAAUCGAAGCAGUCCUGUAUAUAGUGGUAACCUUGUUAUUUUAUUCGCUGGGUAUUAUCAUCGGAAUUAUUCUGUAUUUGAAGAGAGAGAAACAGGAGAUUGAAGAGGAUAAAGUAUAUGACGAGUUUUUAUCUUACGCAGAAGACCCUUAUACGGCUUUGCGGUAUGCGAGGGUACAACAAGUAGUGGCGAGACUUAAUUACUUGGAACAGCAGAAGAAAAAGAGGGAGAGGGUCUUAACAGACAAAAAAUCAUCAAUAAUGGACGACAGGCGGGCGACUUGUGAGAAUGCUACAAAAGUGAAGGAUUUGAAUGAGGAUAAUAAAAAAGUAGGAUAUCAGCCUAACAUGUGUGACCAGGAAUGUGAUUUUGUCGACGAAUAUGAGGAGAUAGGGGAUUACAAUGUGUUCGAACAGGACGGUGAAUCGAUCACUGCAGUUGUUGCCAAAUUAAUAGAUCCGGAAAAAGAUAAGUAUCUCCUUGAGGAUUCAAUAGAAGACAAUGCUAAACUAGGCAUUCCAACUUCGAGUUCUUUGCAGUCCAUUAAAGAUUAUGAAGAGGAACCUCGGCGAAGUGAGCGUUCCUCUGUGUCGUCUGCAAGUGAAGAAAAUGUGUCUGGUGAAGAAAAAGCUAAAUUGAUGAGUGAAAACGAUACAGUUUUUGAAGACACUAGAGAACAAAAACAAAAGGAAAUCAAAGGAUGUAUCGUCACAAAUGUUUAGCAGGAAGAAAGAGACGUGUGGAUGCGAGAAGUCUCGAAAAUUCAAUUAUCAUGCAAUGUAUUCCAUGGGAAUGUAAUUUGUUUAUGACGUUUUUAUUACUCGUAUGAAUUCAACUGAACGCUGAUAGUAUUGAUUAGGUACAGAUGUAAGAGGAAAUAUUGUUUGUUGUGUGGUAUUUACGUUGACCUCUCUGAGACAAUUACGGACAUAAAUUUCAUCGAAUAACGAUAUAAACUCGAUUAGCAAGUAGAGGAUGAAAUCACUCCUAUUUUGUAUAUGUAUUUUAUUUUUAAUGUUUUGUGAAACAGUAUUGACAUUUGCACGAUUUUGUAAGUAAAAGUGAUAUUGUCACCGAAAUUGUCUUACGCUAAAGGAACUAGGCAGAUUGAGAUCUUGUGAAAAUUAUACAAAUUUUACCACUACCAAGAGAUAUAUAAUUUUAUACAUGGUUUGCAUAAAUUCAUUGAUCUUCAAAUCGAUC